UGGUAGUCUCAUUUUAAUAUUAUCACUGAUCAUCUCGGACUCCGGUUGUAUGCUGGUAGGAGUACACACAGCGGCGGAUGCUACCAUUGGAUGCGUGUAUUCACUCUCCACGGAAAAGCGCCUUUUCGCAGCCCACAUCUCAGUCUCCUUGCCAAAAGGGAGACAAAGGAAGAGUGUUUGAAUGGAACAGUCUAAACGAUAGUCUUUCUGCAUUGUUCUUGGAGGUUGCUUCAAAAACAGUGAUAGAAUUACUUUCUGACCAGUCCUCUAGUUAAUCCUCUAACCUGGGUCGGCAUGCAAAAUGUACUAAGCUAGCUGUACAUAUUGUGGCAUAUCAUUCUUAAAAAUAAGAUGUACUGCGUCAAAGCAAGAACAGCAGCCCUUCUCUUUGUGGCAGGUUUAAAGCGAAGGUUUCUGUCAAGUUCUUCAGCAUUGUCGCACGUUGACUUAGCCGGAAAAGUAGUUCAAGUUGAUGUUUCAACAAAAGCUAUUGCAGUUCGACGAGCUGAGGCGGCAUGCAGAGUUGACCUUCCUAGAGACGUAUUUGAUCUUCUUAAGAGAAAUAAACUUAAGAAGGGGGACGUCUUGAGUACGGCCCGUGUAGCGGGAAUUCAAGCAUCAAAACAGACUGCUUUACUGAUUCCACUGUGUCACGCUAUUAACCUAGAGCACUCACAGUUGUUUCAACAGGUGACGCUGAGUCUAGAUGACCAACUAUCUUGCGUUAACAUCACAUCCGCUGUUACUUGUACUGGAAAAACAGGUGUCGAAAUGGAAGCUUUGACAGCCUGUUCUGUUGCAGCUCUCUGUAUCUAUGACAUGUGUAAGGCCAUCUCCCAGGACAUUCGAGUACAAAAUCUUAGGCUUCUUGUUAAGACUGGUGGGCAAACAGAUUUCCGUCGCGUGGAAGCUGACGAAACUAUUACUCCCCAGGGCGAUUUAAUCUAAAUCUUGCAAUGUAGAAUGGUUUGAUAUAUAUUAAAGUAAGACGUCAGUGAAAAUACCCAUGUUACAGUCUGCUAGCAAAAAUACAACAUUCCAUAUAUUCUAGUAGUCAUUGGUAUUUUGGUUAGACCACUGACUAGCCAAAAAAAACAAAG